UUGUGAUGAAACAUGAGUCCGUAGGGGUGACCCGUGUCAGGGAAAGACGAUCAGGACGGUAGCCUUGGAUGACUUGAAUACUUUCCAUCGGUGUUGGGGUUUGCUCUCUCUAUUUCAGAGCUGUAUAGUAGCUGGGAGUGUGAGGUUAGAAAGCAACACAGGGAGGAAAGUUACAGAAAACAGACUGAGCAGAGAGGAGAUUAAUUUGUUCUUGCUAAUCUGACAGCUCACUUAGGAGGAUUAUUUGUGCUUAAAUUGACACAUUAACACACGUAAUUAUGUCAGACAAACAGACUGGUCAAGCCUCCCAAAGGAAGCCAUCCACCAACAAGAACAUCAAGAAGCUCCGAACCAUUAGCAUGGUGUGCAGCCUGACGAGGAGCUGGCAGCAGUGGGUGACAGAGAACGAGAACAAGCAGGCGACUGAACCCAGCGGCUGGGCUCCCUCUUGGAUGAGAGAACCAGCAGAGGAACCUAAAAAGACAUGGGUCCCCAAGAAGCCUCAUCCCACUCAAAACCAGCCAAUAGAAGUCUCUCAGCAUCAUGUAGUUGACGAGGCUCAAAAGAUAUCAACUCCCCAUGAGGAGACCCAAGAUGCAGCCAAGACUGAGGAGGUUAAGGCCUCAGCUGAAACACCAGCUGUGUCUCCUAUCAAGACAAAGCAGGUGGUGAAGACCGUGACCAGUGGGGCCCAGGAGAAAAGUGCUGGCAUCGGGCUACUCACUGAGAAGAUCAAGAAAGAGGCUCUGCCGUCAGAUGAGGAGAUUGACAAGCUGCUGAAGAAGAGAAGCUCACCGACACGCCGCAGAAAGUGCUCCAAUAUGGUGUCAUCACUGACCAAAAGCUGGAAGCAGGUAGAGAAUGAACAGAAGUUUGGAAAAGAAGGAGGAGAACCAGUAGAGGGACACCCAUGUGGGGUUGAUAGAGAGGACAGUGGACACUCUGAAGUAGAGGAGAAACUAAACAUAGAGGAUGCUCAAGAAUUCACGACAAUCUCUAUGAAAGAGGCAGAAGAAAAAGACUCUGAAGAAGACUCUGAAUCAGAAGUGCAGAUCAAAAGAUCCACAGUCCCAACGUACAAAAAGGAAGCUGAGGAUGCCAAUAAGAUCAACGCCCUCUCCAAGAAAUACAGCGCUGUGGGAAAUCUCAAGAGCCGCUGGCAGAAUUGGGCCUCAGAGCACACCGUCAACCAGAAACUAAACCCCUUCAGUGAAUACUUUGAUUAUGAUUACUCCAUGUCCCUCCGCCUCCAAAAAGGCGAAGACGGCUACGGACGCCCCAAGGAGGGCACUAAAACAGCGGAGAGAGCUAAACGCGCCGAGCGACACAUCCACCGGGAGAUUGACGACAUGUGUUACGUGCUCAGGACUAUGGCUGAUCCAGACCCAGACGGAAAGACCAGAGUCACGUUCGGAGAGCUGUUUGACAGAUAUGUCCGGAUCUCCGAUAAGGUGGUGGGGAUACUGCUGAGAGCAAGGAAACAUGGGAAGGUUGCGUUUGAGGGAGAGAUGUUGUGGCAAGGCCAGGAUGAUGGAGUAAUCAUCACUCUGCUGGUGUGAUAGUGACACCUGGGUCAAAGCUGUUAAAAUCCUCUUACAGCUACUUGGCUGGCACAGUGGAACUUGUGACAUAAUCCUAGUCAUUACCAAGCAGGGCUAAGAGGAGGAUUUAAAAUACUAUUUGACCUGGGUUUGUUCAGUGGACACACACAGAACAAUAUCAAAGGAAUAUGGAGACUAUGAAGCUUGGUGGAUGAAUCGAUGUGGAUUAUCCAAAGAAAAUCCUUGCUGCUAUUUUUAUACAUACUUGAAGAGUCUUUCUGCUAGUGUUGUUGGUGUGUGAGUUGUAGCUGUCAGGCACAUGUUUUGUGAAAUCUGCAAACUUUGAAGUUUUAAUUCACAAACUCUGUUCUAGCUUUCGGCUACUUACGUUUACAUUCAGAGUAGCUUGCAUAAAUUUUUAUGUGGGUCUCUUUUUUAGCACUUUCUUUAUGGCUUAUGUUAAUGAUAUACUUUAGUAUGUGUUAAUGUACCAAAUACAGUAUAGUGUAACACAGUCAUUUUAACACAGAUUGAGUUUCAUUGCCCGAAUACAUGCAGCUCAGCAUUCAUUUCACUGUACCAGGCAUAAUGCAGAGGAACAGAGCAGACCACAGCAUUUUUAGACGUCCUGGCCUGUAAGACUGAGGCUGUUUUAACGAAUGCAAAGGGUGACUAUGACUGUCUGGGGGAAAAAGAAAACUUUCCUUUCAAGUUAUUGAGUUUCAGCUGAAGUAAUUGAGCUUUAUAGAAUCAGCUGGUGUUAGCAGUUAUUUUUAGUGUCAAACAAACUGCAGACAAUUGCUAUUUGUUUUCCUUCUUAAAUUGGUCACUAAUGCCAUAUUUAGGCAUACUAUACAUUUUAAGUAUUUGCUAACACACUCAUUCACUUGAGACAAGACACUGGAGUUAUGGAUUAUCCUUUAAAGCUCUAUGUGAUGACCUUUUCCCAAUAAAAUAUUAACCUUUGCUUUGAACUUUUUUUUGUAGUUUACUCAACAGCGUGAAACGAUUGUGUUGCUCAGGAAGUGCUUGUUUUA